AUGACCUUCACCCAGGCCUUAGCCACCACGCUGGCACUGCUCGCCGGGGUCCUGCCACACAGCCUCAGUGAAACUUCAGAUCAUAAAAAGGCCAACGGAGACAGGUGCGUCCACCAUACCCACUGCCUCAGUGACUGCUGCCUCAUAGACCUGGAAAAAAGCGGGGCCUUCUGCACCUCCAAGUCUCGUAUGGGCAUGGCGUGCUUACCCCAGACUAAGGGGGCCCUGAACAUCAUGUGUCCCUGCCGAGUGGGCUUGAGCUGCCACUCCAAGGACCCUAUGUGCCCCCGCCGGUGCCAGAUGAUCUAG